GCGACGCAUCGUUGCAGUCCUCCAUUGAAGACAUUGUCGAGGCCCAAAUAGAGAUUCAGCAAGUUCCUAAUCCUUCAGGCAACUCUAACAUCAGGUGGACUUGGAGAACCAAAAUUCUAUGUAAAUGAGACAUGCUUUUGUCGGUGAAAUAGGACGUCCACAACGUGAUGGACCUGCUAUCCGCGCAAUAUCUAUGAUCGCUUGGGCUAAUUAUCAUCUAUCCCAGAAGAACAUCUCGUACGUGGAAAAUCUUGAUCUGGACUAUGUCUCUAUCACAUCUGGGGAGAAGGUGCUGUCGUCGUCGUAUUGGACCUUCGGUAGCUUCAGCACCGAAGCUUUGCGCCAAGGAGUCGUAUUGGGUGUCACCAUCGGGGAUACUCUGCUGUGUUUCAUGCAGUCCUACUGGAACACCAAUGAAUAUAUGACUGCGAACACUGGGAGUGGCCGGACAGGUCUCGACUGGAAGCACACCCUCGCAAACCUUCUCGCCUACAUAGAUUCCUUCGGUGUAUUCCAGACUAACUAUGGUGUUCCUCAAAACAAUGCAACAGCCAUUGGUCGAUAUCCUGAAGACAGGUACAUGGGUGGUAACCCUUGGUAUCUUACCACAUUUGCUGUUGCUGAGCAGCUAUACGACGCUCUCAAUGUCUGGCAGCAGCAGUCUUCGUUGACAAUUACACCUUUGUCUCUUCCUUUCUUCAGACGUUUUACAGAUAGCGCGGAAGUAGGAACCUAUCUCGCCUCUAGCCCCUUCUAUAUAUCCAUGACCGAUUACAUUCGCAACUACGCCGAAGGCUUUAUCUCUGUUGCCGCCAAAGCUACGACUUCCGAUGGUGUACUUACGGAGGAGUACAGCAGACUGUCAGGCUACAGCGGUGGUUUCGGUCAGAACCCGUAUUCGUGGAGCGACGUCGCUGCGUUGACUGCUUUUAGCGCGCGCAGCGGAAGCGUUGCUGACCCUUGGGGUGCUCACGAAGUAUCACUCUCGUGUUCGGGACAGACCGGUAGCUGGAAUUCGGAUGCUGGACUAGUCACAGUUGACUUUUACCUGCAUCUUGAUGCAUACUGGGGAGUGAUGGUAUACCUGUCCGGGUCGAACGAAGCCCUAGGAAGCUGGUCAACAGACAAUGCUAUUCCAAUGUCGCCAUUCAACAGUCCGAUUUGGAGCGUAACUUUGCAGCUCAAAGCAAACGAAACACUGGAAUACAAGUACUUCACCAAGUGGGGGGGGGGCGGCCCCGCCGCUAUGGGAGGGCGGAUCCAACCGGCUUCUUGCGUUGCCAGGUGGAGGGUAUGUGUAUCAAAAUGAUACAUGGGUGUGAACGGUGGAUAGGUGGUAUUCCUUGGUGAAGUCCAUAGAAUCUUAACGGUCGAAGAUUCAAGCCUUUCUUAGUACCGAAUCUGUGCGAUUAUAGAUCUUAGUGGAAGCAAC